UGAACUACUAACAUAUCUGAAACUUAAACCAAUUAACUUUCUGAAAUUCUUUAACCCUUAGAACUUUCGCCAUUAAUUACUUUAUGGUAAGUGUGUGGUGUGUGCCACUUAUGUAGACAUAAGUAGUAUAUGAUGUUAGUCGUGAAAGGAAUGUCUGGCAGAAGAGAGACAAGAAGAUCGAUCAGUAAAUAAUGAAGACAGAAUGCAAUUUGUAUGAAAAUGCAAGAACAAUCAAGUCUGAGUCAUUUUGAGUCAACUGAUGGGCAUUUUACAAAUUGGGCAUAUAAUAUAUGGUUGUUAAAUUUUAUUAACAUUUGUUUGUCCCCAUUUUGGUGUUCGUGUUCACUACAAGUGCUGGUUAGCGCCACAAGACAAGCCCUCACAUGGAAUCCUCAAGGUCGAAGGAGGAGAGGAAGACCAAAGAAUACAUUGCGCCAAGAAAUGGAGAUAGAUAUGAGAAAAAUGAACAAGAAUUGGAUGGAACCAGAAAAGAAGGCCCAGGACAGAGUGGGUUGGAGAACGCUGGUCUGCGGCCUAUGCUCCAUUGGGAGUAACAGGCGUAAAUCAUAUUUUCAACUUUAGACUGUACCACAGUUACUUAUCAAAAGUAUGACAAGCAUAAACAGAAA